AUGCCUGAACUGGCGACUCACGAUAAUGGCCGCCAUUGGCCUCUUCCUUUGAAGCGAAUAGGCCGCUGGCUAACCACUGUGACACACUACAUGAAUCAUCAACGGACACCAAUCUAUCCUCUUAACGUCUGGCUCUGUGUUCUUGUUCUCUCUAUAGUGAAAUUUGCGUCCACUAUACUGCUCGCCUAUCCUUGGCCGAAGCUCUUGGCAGCCGCUGUCUGCCGAUAUCACUACGAAAACAAGUUCUCUAAUCCUCAUAUGGAUCCUCCAAACUCAGUUUGCGCAUCCGGGGAGGUAACAAUGCAUUUCGAGUAUAUGAUGGAUUUGCUGAACAUUUCAUCAUCACUUGCCUCUAUUGUGGUACAGAUCCCGAUGGGGAUUCUAGUAGACAGGGGAAAUAGACGUCUUGCUUUUACACUUAACAUCAUUAGCAUUGUUUUAUACUGGGGCUCUAUUCUAAUCUCUGGACUUGUGCCAGUUUUCCCCCUCUGGUGCUUCUAUCUAUCGCCUGUCCUUCUUCUCUUGGGGGGCGGUCCUUUUGUAACCGGCACUCUGGUCUGUUCUACCAUAAGCAAUAGCGUGAAACCGAGGCAUAGAACAACCGUGUUUUCACUCGCGGAAGCCUUAUCAGUCAUCUGGAACUGUUUUGAGCCAACUCUCAUGACAUCAACAAUGACCAUUCCCCUCUGGUUGUCGUUCAUGAUCACCAUUGUUAUGCAUGCGUUGCUUUUCAUUCCGGCUUAUUAUCUCACGGAAGACGACAACGCAUCUCUAGAAGAUGAUUUACUACUUGAGGUUUCUGUAUUCCGCGAUGAGGUAGAGCCGUUACUGGAUGCUAGUGAUAUUCUUGGCCGCGAAGUCAUCGAUUCGAACCAGUACAUUAAAGGUGGACUUACUUCAAAGCUCACCAUCCUCACAGUAUGCUUCGUUUGCUUCUUUUUAGUCAACUUUGCGACAGGCUCAAUGGGUUUUAUGUUCAGUUGGAUCUUUUGGCGCAUUCCUGAGAUCUGGAGUGAGAUAAGUGGGAAAUCUAUCACGAUGUCCCAAUGCUUAUUGACAAUACAUCAGAUCAAGCUGUUGUCUUAUCUGAGAGCAAUAGUGGCAUCACCACUGUUCUUUAUCGUCUUACCAUUGGCCUUACGCCGGCUGGACAGAACCAUGCACUUCGCUAAGAGGGAUCUCGUACUGUCCACAGCUGGUAUUGCCUGCGCUGCGGUCGGCACUCUUCUCGCUUCGUUCGCUUCAAACAUUGUAGUCAUUCUCAUCGCGUUUGUUAUAACUCUGCUGGGAUCAGUCAUGUCUGUGGCUCUGCGAUCAUUUCUCACUUCAAAUGUCGAAAAUCAAUUUUCUGGGCGGUUAUUUGCUGGCAUCUCCAUGACGGAGACUAUAGGUAGUCUUGUGGGGGCGCCAAUCAUGCAUAAUGCGUACACACCGGACGGGCUCCCAUUCGCUGUAUCAAUGUAUGUGGAUUACUAG